CGUGCCUCGAGAUAUUGUCCUUAGCAUUAUUGACCUUUCCGAGUGAUAUCACACCAUCGCUUCACUUGGAGUUCCAGACUAACUAUCUUGUCAACGCUUCUCCUAAGACCCCAUUCACCAUGUCGUGGCAAAGACUAAUCAAGUUCGAAGACGCCGAAGGAAAGGUGCAUUUCGGCGAGCCUGUCGUUGACGGCGACAAGGACAUUGAGAUCAACGAUGUCCUGCAAAGCUCUACGCUCAAGGCAAAGUGCCAUAGUGGUUCUUCGAUAUUCUCAACCACAGCUACCGACCAAGUGAUUGAGGUCAAGAAGAUCCUGCCACUUCUCUCAACCGACGAUGUACCCAUCGUGAAGUGCAUCGGCCUUAACUACAUGAAGCACAUCCAAGAAGGUGGACGGAAGCCGCCGCCAUAUCCCUCGGUUUUCAUCAAACCCAAGGCUUCCGUGGCCGGCUUCAACGAAGACGUGGCGAUUCCAAAGCUCGCCCAGGAAACCCUGGACUAUGAAGGAGAACUCAGCAUCGUCAUCGGCAAAACGGGCAAGGACAUUCCCAAGGACCAAGCUCUCGAUUAUGUGGCCGGAUUCGUGGCCUCAAACGACGUCUCGUGCCGCAAAUGGCAAAGGGAUCCUGCAUACGCUGGAGGCGUCCCUCAGUGGUGUUUCAGCAAAGGCUUUGACAAGUUCGCGCCUCUUGGACCUGUUCUGGUCUCACCAAAAGUGGUGGGUAACGCCGGCAACCUGAAGCUUCAGACCUUCGUCAACGGAGACCUUCGCCAGGACUCCAACACGAACGACCUUCUUUUCAACGUUGAGACGAUCAUCUCAUUCGUCAGCCAAGGUACUACUCUGGAAGCUGGGACGGUGAUCAUGACCGGAACUCCUGCAGGAGUCGCUAUGGGAAUGAAAGAGCCCUUGUGGCUCAAAGAUGGAGAUGUGGUUGAGGUCAAGAUAGAAUCUCUGGGAUCUGUGAAGAACCGCAUGGCUUUUGAAUAGUCCAUCUUAACAGAUUAUGUAUGAGACAACCUGUGUGUUCGGUCCCAGAUGGGGG